AGCCCAGCCAGCCAGCCCAGCCCAGCCCAGCCCAGCAAUCCCCGCUCCGGAUUUAUGCCGCCCCUCGACUCCCGGCGCUUCGAUUGCCACUCAUCCGACCCUGUGUUGCGUCCGUAAAGCCCACUCUCCGCUGCCUACUCGCUCGAGCAAACAUGGCCCCCGACAAGAAGAAGAUCAAGACUGAACACACCAAGGAGCCCGAGGUCGAAGUGGCCGAGCUCCCCGAUCCGGACGAGGAUGAUGAAGAAGAAGAGGACGACGAUCUCGACAAUGUACUCUCUCUCGAAGAUCAGGAAGCCAUCAGCGAGCUCUUGGAGCUUGAGGAGCAGUUCUCCUCGCGCGAAGACGAGCUGCGAAAGGAGCUCGAGAAAAUCGAGGCCAAGUACAACGCUGCCAACAACAAUCUCUACAAGCAGCGCGACCAAAUCGCAUCCAAGAUCAAGGGCUUUUGGGGCAAAGCUCUGCUCACGAUCUUCGGGUCCUCCAGCGAGGAUGAGGCAAACCUCAUCAUCGACCACCUGGCUGGAGUCUCAGUUACCUUCGAUAAAGAACAUCCCCGAGCCUUCAAGGCAGUCUUGAAAUUUUCGGCAAACGAGUACUUUAGCAACACAGCGUUGAACUAUGAGCUCAAGUUCAAGGACGACGAGCCCAUCAUCGUCCCCGCCAAAAUCAACUGGAAGCCCGGAAAGAACCUCACCCAUCCUGCCGAGAACGAUCAGGCGAGCAAAAAGCGCGACCACGACGGCGAGCACAAGCACGACAUCGUUGGCGGGGAUGUCGGUCUCUUUUCCUGGCUCCAAGAUGACGACGUAUGCUGUAACAUUGAGCAGGCCCAGGCCUUGGCUCAUGACUACUACAAGGACGCCUUGAAGGUCUUCUUGGGCCUUGGCGAAUACGCAGACGAAUUCGGCGAAGACGAUGACGGUGAUGAUGACGGUGAUGAUGACGAGGACGAGGGCGAAGAUGAAGAUGAGGAUGGCGAGGAUGACGAGUAGAUUGCUGCCCAUCCGGACAACGAGCCUUUCCUUGCUGCAAAUCGCACCACAAUUCUUGCUUCUGUCUCUAUCCUGGUGUGAGCCCUGCCUCGAGCAGCCCCCAUUCUGCUGCCUCGCCUCACGCGCCCAGUCUUUUGUUGGCUCGCCUCCCCCCGUUGUAGCCAUUGCCAGACGCCGAUGGAUGGGAGACCAGCUCUUUGCUCUGUGGCCUGCGCCCGACCUUUUGAUCCUCCAAUACAGGCCCGUGAGCAGCA